CGGUAUUCGACGCCCAAGUUGGACGUAUGUUUAGUGCUGUCCUCAUUUCUGUGUUCCGUACUUGUUAUCGCUGUUGAUCGGCGGUGUUUAAUCGAGUACCCUUAACAUUGCAGUGAUUGAACUUUAAUUGUGAUAAACAUACGAGUGUAUUUUUUUUAAAAUUUGGAUUAGCUUUGACUUCUGGCGCCAUAAAAAGAAUAAUGAGCAAAUAGAAACACCUCUUUCAAUCGAUCAUUAAAACGAUAGAGGCCUUAUACUCACCAUGAAGCGGUUAACAAAAUGCUGCUGCUGCGCGUCUACGCGCACAGGAACGCUGAUCAUCGCUACGUUGGGGAUUAUCCUCUCCAUCAUCACAAUUAUUGUGAUCUGGGUCGCUCCGAGGCAUCAAGUCUCCUUCACAACGUUCAUCUUUGAUGACGAUGUUGACAGAUGGCUCUCCGACAAUGAAGUGCCAAGAAUAAUACUAACGAUCAACCUGUGCUUCACCAUAUUAAUAUGCUCGCUACUCAUCGUUGCAGUGAAUAAGCGGCGGUCCUGGAUGAUGCUGCCGUUCGUAGUUCUGGGCAUUGUGCUGGCCAUCGGUUUGUUGAUCAGCGUGCUGCACACUUCUAUCACGUACUACCUCAGCAAGGAAGACCACGUCAUUCUUGCAACCUGCAUUCUUAUUGGUGGAUUGAUCUAUUUGUGUCUGUUCCUGUACCUCUGGGUAGUAGUAUUUAGCCACUAUCUGGACGUCCGCGAUGAGGAAGAGAGAGGCAGAUAUAGCAAGGCACCUUACCGGCGGUAGAUCUCGUCUUCAUUCACACAUGGGCGUGAAUUAAUCUCAUUCAUCACCUAUUUUUGUAUACUGACCUUCGACCUACUCUCUGAUAUGUCAAAGAUAUGAAGGCAGAUUAUUAAUUGUAAGAACAAUGAUGUAUAAUGUAGGAAUCGUAUGGUUAAAACUUUGCCACAUUUAAAAAAAAAUUACCUUAAGUACCUACAUAAUAAGUAUGUUGUUGAUUUUACCUAAAAGCUAGACUAUACUAACUAAAAAGCAUGGCAGGCUAACGAGACAAGAAACAUGACAAAAAUGUAAUUAUAAAAUUACCUUCCAAUUAAUACCUUUAUUAACGCCAUUGCCGUACACAGAUAUCGUUGGUACUCAUCAGUGCUUUAAUAUGAACUUAAGGCACAUUGACAUUCAUGAGGAUUUUGAUAUACUGUAUCACAAGGGCGGUAAGUAGACAAUUAUGAACAGAUUUAAUGACCCGAACGUUUAUAACUACUCUUCCGGUCUUGAUGCUGUUUUAGGUACCUACUAUUAUUCUAUCACUCUUGCGAGGAAGUUAAAAAUAAAUCUUUAAAAUUUAUGUAUGCUAUCUAUGAGUGAUUGGUAUACCUCAUAAAAAUAAUAAAUAAAAUAAAAUAAAGCCGACUAGUGUAAACACUUUAAUUUUUAAAUAAGAUCAAAAAGUCCGUUAUAGUUAUAGUUAUAGUCUGCACGUAGCGAUCGGCAGGAAUAUAAAAAAAACUAUUGCCACCAAAAAAUAUCGCUCUAUAUAAAAAAAAAAUAUCGAGCAUGUGUGAUGAUAAUAUAGUACAUUGUGCAACAAGGGCGGUAAAAAAGGAAUUACGAACGAGACUUUAUUAGAAGUCUAAGAGACUGAGGGCUCGUAAUUCCCGUACCGCCGGUCAAACACGCAGUGUUUUUCAUUACACAUGCUCGUAAACAAUACAAUUGCACGCAGGCUAACUUUACUAUAACACCCCAAUUAAAACCCUCGGGCCUUUUUUCUUCACAUUACAAUCAUGGUUGGUAUUCAAAUCGUCGAGGUGUUCACGAUUGAUUUACAUAAAUUUUACGAAAAACUAAGGUAGCUAAUGUAACCGAUGAAAUAAAAAAUAAAAAAUAAGUUUUCAAAAGUACCUGUACAAGUAGUGCCGUUUUUAACAAAAUAUUUAUGAACUCUUGGAGAAUGACGGAUAUAAUGUUGUAUUUGCUUAGUUUUAAAUCGUAAACGGUUUAAAAUUAAUUAUUUGUAUUCAUACAUGAUUGCAUCGAUACGAAGUAACCAUAAGUUGUUGUAUUUAUACUGGAAUUCUCUCAUCCUUUAAUCAUUACCUAUUACGGACUAUAUUGUAUGAAUAAAAAUGGAAAUAAAUUAAUUUGCUACUACAAGUCCGCAAGAAUUUCUUACUUGGUCAAGCAUCGAGAAAUCAAUGGGGAUACGUCGUAGAGAGGUGAAACACGUAUCUAUGACUGUCGUUCCGCUUGUGUUGUUUAUGUUAUUACUUUUAUGCGGAGAUAGGUUGGAGAAAUUAACUGUAUGAAAAAAAAAACAUUCAACACAGGCGCGGCUAUUUUGCGCGAUUCAACGUCCAAUGGGUUCGCUAGUCGCAAAUUAAUUUCUUCCAUCUUUAUUAGCAUGGAUUUACGCAAAGGCUCACCUGAAUAUAUUGCAUGAAUUAAAAAAAAAUGCACCACUUUAUAUGGGAAUAGAUUUUGUCUAUGAAAGAGUUUAUAUAUGGAUCAAAGAGUUUAUAUGAUGUAUGGUACAGGGUCAAGACCACGUCAAGCUUUACACGUAGGACUCAAAUCCAACUCUAUGCUGCUUAGGAUAAGAACGAUCCAAAGUACAAAGCGUCAAGCUUGAUGUGCUCUUGACUGUACCUAUAUGUACUCGCUUCUCAGUGGUGAGCCGUGCCCAGCAAAGGUAAGUACAUUGGUUGAUGGUAAUCAUCUAUUUCUUAAUUUGAGCAUUUCUUACCAACAUUCAAAGGAUUACAAAUGACAUUAUUUUCAUUGUAACCAAAUUUCAAUCGUAAGUGGUGCAAAAGUAUUUAGAUUUCCAGACAUGCUUCCAAGUACAAUUUUCUAAUAAUUUUAAGUGAAUUUUUAUUAGUUAAGUUACCAGAUAUUAAUGUUUAUAAGAAAAAUAAUUUAUUCACACGUUAUUAACUUAUAUUAAAACUAAAACU